AUAGGUGUCGGGCCUGCCACACCUAUAACAGAAGACGCGCCUUUCCGGUGACAUGCAGUCGCGGAAACUAUGGCCGGCUUGUCUGCAGUUCCAGCAAACUAACGCGUGUUGCGGACGCCUUGCCAAACGCGCCUCUUCAACUACGCCGAAAUCCGCCGACUCCUCGCCGUUAGUGUCGUCGACCAACUCCUCCACUGCCGGUGGACGGUUUCCGCCACUAAAACGUGUGCCGCUGCGAGUUGGGAACACGCCUUCCCGCCGCUGGACCAUAGCUUCCACCUCUACGCAUUCGUCACAUGGUGCUGUGUGGAGACGCGACGCCAGUUUCCUCAUGGCAUGGAAGUACUCCUCAACGCUUUCGCUUGCCUUCUGCCGUCUUUCGCGCAAUUGUCGCAUGCGCUCGAAUUCAUCGGCGGCGCCUUUAAAACGGGACAGCAUGCUUCGUUUUAGUUCUGGCCAGCUGUCUGCCCGGUGGUCCCUGACGUACUGCCAGUACCACUCGCGAGCGUGCCCAGUUACUAACAGAUGGAAACUGUUUAAUACUUCGGACCAUGCGCAGCGACACUGUCUCUGAAGGAACUCGACCUGGAAAACGAAGUCUUCAACAGCCAUUUUUUCCUUAUCGCCGCUGAAAACGAUGUCCCACUUUUCGACGCGGCACCAUCCGGAUCUGCCAUUCGCCGCUACAUACGGAGGAGGCGGGUCCAGCUGACCACUCCCAUCGUAACGCCUGUUGCCUCUUCGACGGGCCGACUGUGCUGCGGGAUUUUGCCAAUUUCGAGCUGUGUUGCUGCUAUUGCCAGCUCCACUGGAGGAAUUAGCUGCCGCUGGCCUUGCUACUGGACGCGAAGUUCCUCUUGCUGGUGUUAGAGGUUCAGCCUGGUAUUGAUGCGGCCGUUUUGGCACCGCACCCCGAUUCUGGCUGACUGGCGGUUGCCAUGCUCCAUUUGCAGCUGAAUCGCCGCUAUUCGCUCGCGGUUGCAAAACUUCUUUCAACGCGCCCAUCAAGUCUUGAAACCCCAUUCGGAUUUCCUCCUGCAACACUUUGUUGAUACCCUCUUUUUGCGAUUGGCGGUAUGUUUCGUUCGCCUGGGCCACUGCUGCUUCUACCACCGACGCGACUACUGGCUCGGCGUCCCAGUGUGCUGCUGGUGCUAUGGACGGCCUCGGAGGAGUGUGCAUGAGGCCACCGGUGGAAAAACCUACGGCUCCUUCUAGGUGUUCCUCCAGCACUGGAUCAUCAUUUCUGGCCGUUCUCGACCUGGUGUUAUACGCACGCGCAGAAUCCUUUUCCAUCUCAAUC